AUGCUGCUUUGGAUUCUGUUGCUGGAGACGUCUCUUUGUUUUGCCGCUGGAAACGUUACAGGGGACGUUUGCAAAGAGAAGAUCUGUUCCUGCAAUGAGAUAGAAGGGGACCUACACGUAGACUGUGAGAAAAAGGGCUUUACAAGUCUGCAGCGUUUCACCGCGCCGACUUCUCAGUUUUACCAUUUAUUUCUGCAUGGCAAUUCCCUCACUCGACUUUUCCCCAAUGAGUUCGCUAACUUUUAUAAUGCGGUGAGUUUGCACAUGGAAAACAAUGGCUUGCACGAAAUCGUGCCUGGGGCUUUCCUGGGUCUGCAGCUGGUGAAAAGACUGCACAUCAACAACAACAAGAUCAAGUCUUUUCGAAAGCAGACUUUUCUGGGGCUGGACGAUCUGGAAUACCUCCAGGCUGAUUUUAAUUUAUUACGGGAUAUAGACCCGGGGGCCUUCCAGGACUUGAACAAGCUGGAGGUGCUCAUUUUAAACGACAAUCUCAUCAGCACCCUACCUGCCAACGUGUUCCAGUAUGUGCCCAUCACCCACCUCGACCUCCGCGGAAACAGGCUGAAAACGCUGCCCUACGAGGAGGUCUUGGAGCAAAUCCCUGGCAUUGCCGAGAUCCUACUCGAGGAUAACCCUUGGGACUGCACCUGCGAUCUGCUCUCUCUGAAGGAAUGGCUGGAGAACAUUCCCAAAAAUGCCCUGAUCGGCCGAGUGGUCUGCGAAGCCCCCACUAGACUGCAGGGGAAAGACCUCAAUGAAACCACCGAACAGGACUUGUGUCCUUUGAAAAACCGAGUGGAUUCUAGUCUCCCGGCGCCCCCUGCCCAAGAGGAGACCUUCGCCCCUGGCCCCUUGCCAACUCCCUUCAAGACAAACGGGCAAGAGGAUCAUGCCACCCCAGGGUCUGCUCCGAACGGAGGCACAAAGAUCCCAGGCAACUGGCAGAUUAAAAUUCGACCUACGGUAGUGACAGCGGCGGGGGGCGCCAAAAGCAAAGCCCCAGCCAACCGCCUGCCCUGCCCCGGGGGCUGCAGCUGCGACCACAUCCCAGGGUCGGGUUUGAAGAUGAACUGCAACAAUCGGAACGUGAGCAGCUUGGCUGAUUUGAAGCCCAAGCUCUCCAACGUGCAGGAGCUUUUUUUGAGAGACAAUAAGAUCCACAGCAUCCGAAAAUCUCACUUUGUGGAUUACAAGAACCUCAUCUUGUUGGACCUGGGCAACAACAACAUCGCCACUGUAGAGAACAACACUUUCAAGAAUCUCUUGGACCUCAGGUGGCUGUACAUGGACAGCAACUACCUGGACACGCUGUCCCGGGAGAAAUUCGCUGGACUGCAGAACCUGGAGUACCUGAACGUGGAGUACAACGCGAUCCAGCUCAUUCUCCCUGGCACUUUCAACGCCAUGCCCAAACUGAGGAUUCUCAUUCUCAACAACAACUUGCUGAGGUCCCUACCCGUGGACGUGUUCGCUGGGGUCUCGCUGUCUAAGCUCAGCCUGCACAACAAUUACUUCAUGUACCUCCCGGUGGCAGGGGUGCUGGACCAGCUAACCUCCAUCAUCCAGAUAGACCUCCACGGAAACCCCUGGGAGUGCUCCUGCACCAUUGUGCCUUUCAAGCAAUGGGCAGAACGCCUGGGCUCCGAAGUGCUGAUGAGCGACCUCAAGUGUGAGACGCCGGUGAACUUCUUCAGGAAGGAUCUGAUGCUCCUCUCCAACGAUGAGAUCUGCCCGCAGCUGUACGCGAGGAUCUCGCCCACGCUAACUUCGCACAGUAAAAACAGCACCGGGUUGGCGGAGACCGGGACGCACUCCAACUCCUACCUAGACACCAGCAGGGUGUCCAUCUCCGUGUUGGUCCCGGGACUGCUGCUGGUGUUCGUCACCUCCGCCUUCACCGUGGUGGGCAUGCUCGUGUUUAUCCUGAGGAACCGAAAGCGGUCCAAGCGAAGGGAUGCCAACUCCUCGGCGUCCGAAAUCAACUCCCUACAGACAGUCUGUGACUCUUCCUACUGGCACAAUGGGCCUUACAACGCCGACGGGGCCCACAGAGUGUACGACUGUGGCUCGCACUCGCUCUCAGACUGA